AAAAUGAGAUAAAACAAAAGUACUCAACUUAUCGUGAGCAUUUUAUUAUAUGUUUUAAUGAUCAAUACCAACAAAUUCAACAAAUCAAAAAUUACCAACACUCAACCCGCUCUUUACAAAUGAUAAAUGCGUAUGAAAAAAUGAUCGCAAGCUUAAUUCACUCGAUUCCCCAAAAUGACGCUGCAAAUAUAUGUAACAUUCAACUUCUGAACCUACAAAAAUUUCCUAUUAAUAUUCCAAAAACUGCUCCUAUUACUUUGCCUCAUGACCAAUACGCAAUUCUAAACAAGUUAAAUUCAACAUUAG